AUGCAUUCCAAGAUCAUCAUUGCCGCCUUCUUGGCUUCCAUUGCGAGCAGUAGCCCGGUGUCCGUCACUCGGUCCGAGUCGACCCUCCCCUUCACUGGCAAUGUCGCCCUGCCCGAGGAGUACAACAGCACUCUCUGGGUCCCUGGCACUGUCCUCAAGGCUCACCAAGUCCUGCUUUUCGGCGAGAACCGCGCCGAGGUCGUUGACCAGGAUGUCUGGACGAACCUCAUUGAGCCUCAAUUGAACCAGCUUCACGCGGUCGAUGAGACUGCCGGACAAGUGAUCUCGACCCGGGAGGAGCACUGGGACGAGAAGCGAGAGUGCCAGGAGAUCACGUCUGCCGUCACGGACAAGACUGAGAACUUUGUGGACUGGGACGUGCAGAUGUCUCCAGUUAUUCACGGUGUUGGAGCGCGUACUGUGGUCACCGUCACUCAAGGCUACAGCGUCACUAACGGUCUUACUGUCGGCGGCGGUCUCGACUACACCUUCACCAAGGACAUCCUGAAGGGUGCCCUCAAGAUCGACUACUCGCACUCCUGGACAACUACCUACCAAGCUGCCAUGGCGUACGAGGUCACUGAGGGAUAUUCCGGCACUGUUGUCACGAAGCCCACCGUCACCCGGAGGACCGGCCGCAUCCUCAAGGGUUGCAUUGGCAGACAGACUUCUCAGGGCACCUUCUCGGCAACUUCCCACGAGGAAGGCCAGCGUGGCGGUCUGACUUGGGUCCAGGGUAACAUCAGUCUGUGCCAGAAGCAGAUUGCUGAUGGUGCUCCCCUUUCUCGUUGCAACGGCGGCGGCAACUUCAUCUAG